CUGAGAGAGGUAGAGACCUCAGCUCCAAACUCACUCGCCACUGGUAUUAAAAAGCAAAUCGCUUGGCCAGAUCCUGCAACGGUCGAUUUUGCGAACUCUUGGGUUUGAAUUGGGCCAGGAUCAUUUGCUCCGUUUUUUGCCCUGACCCCGGCACACGCCUCCCCGGACGCUUCCAGCCCCCUGAUUUCAGCCAGCCCUCCGGGACCCCGAAUCUCUGCGCCCCAGGGGAAGCGAGACCUCCCGGGCCUUUCCCCCGUCCCCGGAGUUUGGGCCAACCCCCCUCCCAGCACAACUUUAGCAUGAUGUCUUAUCUCAAGCAACCACCUUACGCCGUCAACGGGCUGAGCCUGACAACCUCGGGCAUGGACUUGCUCCAUCCUUCCGUGGGAUACCCGGCGACCCCUCGGAAGCAGCGGCGGGAGCGCACCACCUUCACCCGGGCGCAGCUGGACGUGCUGGAGGCGCUGUUCGCCAAGACCCGCUACCCGGACAUCUUCAUGCGCGAGGAAGUAGCUCUGAAAAUCAACCUGCCCGAGUCCAGGGUGCAGGUGUGGUUCAAAAACCGCCGGGCCAAGUGCCGCCAGCAGCAGCAGCAGCAGCAGAACGGCGGCCAGAGCAAAGUGCGGCCGGCCAAGAAGAAGAGCUCCCCGGCCCGCGAAGUGAGUUCGGAGAGCGGCACCAGCGGGCAGUUCACCCCGCCCUCCAGCACCUCCGUGCCGGCCAUUUCCAGCAGCAGCGCCCCGGUGUCCAUCUGGAGCCCGGCUUCCAUCUCCCCCCUCUCAGACCCCCUGUCCACCUCCUCUUCUUGCAUGCAGCGAUCCUACCCCAUGACCUACACCCAGGCUUCAGGCUACAGCCAAGGAUACGCUGGCUCAACCUCCUACUUCGGGGGGAUGGACUGUGGAUCUUAUUUGACCCCGAUGCACCACCAGCUUCCUGGACCAGGGGCCACACUCAGCCCUAUGGGCACCAAUGCAGUCACCAGCCACCUCAACCAGUCCCCAGCUUCCCUCUCCACCCAGGGCUAUGGAGCAUCGAGCUUGGGCUUUAACUCAACCACCGAUUGCUUGGAUUAUAAGGACCAAACCGCCUCCUGGAAGCUAAACUUCAAUGCUGACUGCUUGGAUUAUAAAGACCAGACAUCGUCGUGGAAGUUCCAGGUUUUGUGAAGGCCUGUAGGACCCCUUUGUGAUAAGAAUGAAUAUUCCUAAUAAAUAAAUAAUAUUAAACAUGCUGGGCUGAACAUUCCAGUUUUAGUCAGGUCUUGGUUAAAUUAAAGAGAAAAAAACGAAAAAAAAAAGAAUAAAAAAAAAAGAGACAGUUGGUGUAAUCAUACCUAGAUUCACCUCCUGCCCAAAAGCUCUGGAAAGGAAUAAAGAAGAAAUGAAGGAAGAAGGCCUUAAAAGGACAGAUCAUCUACUGAGCAGAAGCAGACAGACCUACCUGUGUUCUUUAUAGUUUUAGCCAACUGUUGGGUUUCUUUGUUUGAAAGGAAUGGCAGAUCAUUCCACCUAUGGGCCAGUUUUAAAAAGAAAGUCUAGGUUUGGUUGUGUUUUUAUUUUCUUCUCCUUUCUUUUGUGUGUGUGUGCGUGUGUGUGGAAAGAUCCUUCACGCAGAGGUUUCCAGCGUGCUAGCCAACCCUUGGUUAAAAAUCUUUGGAAUGGACAGCAUCUCUCGCUCUCUUUCUCUCUCUCAAGCUCAUUCAACUGUUUCAUGCCCAACUUGCUAGUUGGCACUGACAGACCUUGGUUCAGGGUUGUGUGGGUUGUGUGACUGAUUGUCCUAGCUGCACUAUUUUAUUUAAAAUAAAAAGAAGAACAAAUGUUCAUAAGGAGUCAAUAUGUAGUUUUUAAGAGACAAUCAGUGUGUGUCUUAUAUAAAUGGUACAUCUGUGGUUUUUAAUCUGUGCUAGACUUCAAAAACUGUGAUCUCCUGUAUUGUAUGCAAUUGUGAACUCCUCCCCAGCAGGGGUUCUGCUGUGAUUUAAAUAGGUUAUAAUUAUAAGUGAAAUUCAGAGCAACUGAGUUACCUAGUAUCAUCUUUUUUAAAAAAACAACAACAAAUAACUAAAAAGAUCGCCUUUCACCACAGGUGAACUGUACUGAAACUUUUUACAACAAACUGUCUCUGAAUGAAAGAGAAGAAAAACACACAAGGACACUAAACUCACCUGUAGUAACUUACUGCUGGCCAAGCCGGCAGUAGAAAUAAAACAGGACCUUGGUCAAUUGCUCUGACCCGGAUGAAUUUACACGGAGAAAUUCAUUGUCGUUUAUGCUUGCAGAUGUUAAUUGAGAAAAAAAAGAUAUAUAUGCAUAAACCUUUUUUCCCCUGGAUUUGGCAGAUAUGUAUAAUUAUAUUAAAAUGGUUCUAGCACAAUU